AUGGAGCUAUACAACGAGGAAAUAUACGAUAGGGCAAACAUAAAUGUGGCUGUAAUAGUUAAUGAUAACAUAAGAGAAACAAUAAUUAAAAAUCUUCAAAAUGAUAUGAAAAAUAAAAAUGUUACAAUAAAUAGCUAUAAUUAUAACAAUAUUAAUAAAAUAAAUAACUUUACGAAUAAUUCAUUUAUCCCUGAAAAAAAAUGUUGUAUCUUACAACAAGCGUGGUUAAGAAAAAUAAAAAUCGUCUCAUCUGUUAUUAUUUUUUGUGUUGACUGGCAAAAUAUUAUAAAUGAUGUGGAUAACUACAUUGACUUCCGUGAUAUAGACGAUACGCAUAAUGAAACUAAUGGUAAAAAUGAAGAAAACAAGAACACAUUGAUAGAUAGUCUGAAUGGAGACAUUCUAGAUAUGGAAAACCUUCGCCGAAAUAAUGUAAACGCAGAUAGCGUAAAUGAGGAUGAGAUAAAAAAAAAAAAAAAAAAAUUAUCAAAUUACGCUUGUGUUCAAAAUGUUGAAUUUAUGAAUGAUGUAAAUAAUGAAUUAAUUAAAAGAAUAGAAGAAAUAAAUACCAUAAUUAUGGAAAGAAAAAAAAAUUGUAAAAUAAUUCUACUAGUUAUAUUACCGGAAAAUACGCAGAAUACGGAAGAAUAUAUUAAAUACAUUAGUUUGUUAAAUUCUAGGAAUAUAAGUGCUAUAUUUAUCACGUUAGGAUUAAAAGAGAUACAUAAUAAAAUAAAAAAAUUAGAAAAUUUGUUAAAAGACUGUGUUAAUUCAUUUUUCAAACAAUAUAUAGUAAGUUAUGAAAGUAAGAGUGCAAAAAAUAUGCAAAGUUUUUUUAACUAUAAUUUUAAAAAAGCAUAUAUAUUAGAGAUGCUAGAAAAGUAUGAUGAAAGUAUGAAACUUUAUGUGAAUUUAUGCAAAGUAUUUUAUGAAAAUGUGGGAGAAAAAAUCUUUUCAGAUAAGUCAACAUUUUUUGAGUAUGUUAUUUUUUUUAAUUAUAUUAGUAUAAGAAUGAUAUUUAUUUAUUUGUAUUUUAAAGACAUUAAGAAAAGUGUGCAUCAUAUAUAUACACAUAACAAAAUAAUUUUUUUGGCUCUAAUGAGUGAGGAGGAAAAUACAGAACAUGACGAUAAUCAUGAGAGUAGUACCUACAAUGAUGGAAACAGGAAUGGUAAUAGCAGUAACAAUAGCAAUACUAAUAACAAACUUACAGAAGUUAUUAAUAAUUUUAACAUUACAAGCAGAAAAGAUUUUAUAAACUAUGUAAAAUAUUUUGCAUGCGAGGAUGAGAAAGAGAAGAACAAGUUAAAUAAAGCUAAAACUGAAGGAAUGAACGAAGUGGUGCAUACAUUAUAUGAUACAAUUAUUAAGGAAUAUUUAUAUUAUAAUUUACUUUCAUGUAUUUACUUUUAUUUUUAUAGAAUUAUUGAAACAUUUAAUAUGAAUACUCAUGAUAUAGUAUUGUAUGGCAUAUACAGUUGUUUAUGUAUUUAUUAUAAAAUUAAAACUCUUACAAAAAGAAGCAAAUUACUUAGUGAGUUUUCAAAUGUACAAUUUGCUACCUAUUUUAAUUUAGCCCCGGAAUCAUAUUUAUAUGAUUUUAUUCUAAAUUUCUUAAUCGAAAUAUUUCCUAUUAUUAAUAUAAAUAAAAUUAGCAGUUUAUCAAGAAUUGUUAUUUAUUUUUUAUGUAUGAUUUAUUUUGAAAAAGGAAAUUAUAUUUUUUGCUUAUAUUUGUUGUUAAUGUUCUUUAACAAUGGUGAAGAGUUUUUCUUUUCUGGUUCAGUCGACACAGCUAUUUUGAAAAGCGAGAUAUAUAACUUGAAUGAUUUUUAUUCUGCUCUGCAAAAUUUCGACGGGAAUAGCAGUUAUUUGAAAAUGAGCAAUGGACAUACAUACGAGCCUAUGAUAUAUUUAGUGUUGAACUGUUUAGGUUUUUUGUUAAGCUACGAUAGGGUAAGAAUAGAAGUAGAUGACAGGAAUUUAAAGAAUGAAAAAUUUAAUAUUAAGGAUUACGAAGUAUUAUUUGUUAAGAUAUGCUUUGAAUAUUUAAAUAUUUUAAUUAAGAAUGAAAAACAUAAGGAACAGAAGGAAUUUGUUAUUUUUAUUACAAGAUAUUUUAAGCUCAUAUAUGGUGGAAAUGUAGUUAUUCCUAUGGAGAUGAGCUUAAACAUUUGUUAUGUUUAUGCAAAGAUAUACUAUUUAGUUGAAAAGAAUAAUCUUAAGAUUUUUUUAGAAAUAAAAAAUAAGAGUCAUACCAAUUUCGUUUUUCUACCAUUUAUUACUAUGUUAAUAAAUAAAGAAAUAUUAAUUUUUAAAUUAAAUUUUUCUAAUUUUUAUGAGGGAACAAUUUUCCUCAAUGCACACGCUUUAAAUGACAAAGAUAAAGAGGAAUCCUUUUUUCUUGAUCAUAUAAGGAAGGAAAAUUUAUUACUUGAAGAAGAUUAUUCUAUGAAUGAUAACAAAUUGAAAGAGAGGAGGAGGAGGAGGAAGGCUUUAUUUUUUUUGAAUGAAAGAAAUAUGGUGAAUCUAGGUUUAUUCAAUAUAGUGGAGAAUGAAAUAGACAUUGAAUAUAUUGAAUUGUAUCUUUACAUAUAUAAGCAAAUUAUAAAAAUAAAAAUAGAUAAAAUUUGUACGUGCAUGCUAAGAAAAGAAUAUUUGGAAGGAAUAGAUGAUUCGGAGGUACAUCAGUCACAGGUGAUGGAAAGCGCAGUAGAUAAAUACACAGAAGAAGAAUUGUUGACAAGUAUCAAGUCCAAAGUUUUUAAAAACGAUCAUAUUUCAACUAAUUUAAGCAAGCUAAAUAAUGAUCCAGUUAUUAACAAUUCUGAACAGGUCAGCAGGAAGAAUGAUUAUAAUUAUGCAAAUGGGGGAGAAAAUAUCACAGGAGGGUUUAAGAGCACCUACAAUUAUUCAAAUGAAGAGAAUAUAGAAAAAGUUAAAAUAUUUGAAAUUAGGAAUAAUUGCGAUGAAGUUGAUAAUUCAUAUUUUUAUAAAUUAAAGAAAGGGUUGUACUUAAAUCAAUAUAAGAAUAAAAUUAUUUGCAAUAAAAAUAAAUAUAUCUAUGGAAGGUUAUUAAUGAAAUAUGUAAAUUAUUUUGUUUAUCCCAAUAAUUACAUUCUCUAUUUGAAUGAGUACAACAUUUCAUAUAUAUUUAUUACUUUUUCUAAAUGUAUAAAAAAUUUUGAAUUAUAUUUUUCAUAUAUAACUGACAAUUUGAAUAAUUCCACCUUUUAUUUAUUAACAAAACGUGCAAAUGUGAUAGGUGUUCAACAAAUUAAUAAGGAGCAAAAGGUUAAAUUCGAGGGCCAUAAGAAUAUGUGCAAAUUAUCUCAAGGGAGAACAAAUGAUAAAACGACACAUUUAAAUGUUAAAAAUUAUGAUAAAGAAGGAAUGAUAGAAGAGGUCAAUCAGAACAAUGAAGUUACAAGUGUUGAAAGUACCUCCGAAGGUUUCGAUAACAGUAGUUGUUCUAGUAAUGAUGAAGAGGAUGAUGAUCGAACAAAUGACAGUAAUAAAUGUGUAAAUGAUACAGCUAACUUAUUAAUUAACAAUGAGGAAGUGAAAGAGUUAGCUCUAGAUGAAACUUUUCAUAAAUUAUUAUCAUAUGAAUUAAGCGAUGAAACGAACGAGAGGAUUAACAAUGAAGAAAUGAAUUUGUUUUUUUUUGAGGUAGAAAGAAAGAAAGGGAAAGCAAAAGAAAAAAAAGGAAGAAGAGGCAAAAAUGAGAGAAGAGAAAAUAAAAAAGAAAGAGAAAAAAAAAAAGGGAGAGAAAAAAACGAAAGGAGAGAAAAAAGUGUUAAAAGACUGUACGGAAGAAGCAAUUUUUGCAACGAAUGCUACAUAUCAUAUAACAUUAAAAAAAAGAAAAAAAAUUGUACACGAAGCAUUUUUUCCUUUUAUACAAGUGGUAAGAAUAAACUGAUAUGUAUACCGUUUCUUGUGCGUCCAACAAAUACCAAGAAUGUAAAUAUAAAAUUUGAAUUAUCCUUUAAGAACAUUUAUUUUCAAGAUGAGUUAAACUUUUCAGUUGAGUACUCAGUUCAGCCUUCCAUAAUAACUAUGAUUACUCGAAUAAACGCAUUAUGGAAUAAAAACAAGGUGGAGGAAAGAACACAAAGCAGACAUUCUAUCGAAAGUGCAGAAAAGGGGCAUAACGUAGAAAAGGUCUGGAAUACAAAAUAUGAAUGUGCAGACGAAAGUGAUCGCAAGCGAAAUGCUAAUGGUAGCAACAACGAACAUGAAAUUAAUCAAGGAAAAUUAGAAAAGUAUAAUUUAGAAGAGGAAAAUCAUAAGGAUAUUGGUAAAGAUGAUAACAGAAGGAUGAGGAGUGAUCUAACGAGCUAUUAUAUAUAUGUAUAUAACAAUAAUAAAAAUAGUAUAUUUCUUAAAAGUAUAACGAAUAGGAAUUUAAAUAAUACAAUAACAUUAUCUCAUAAAAGUACAUAUUGUGACUUAGUAACAAUACAUAGUAAUAGAAAUAUACUUAUAAAAUAUAAAUUUAAUUAUCGAAAUUUCCUUUUUCCAUUUAAUAAAAUUUUUAAGGAUGUAAUAUUUACCAACUCUUUAAAAGUUCCUUACGAUGAUUUGACUUAUUUUAAAGAAUUGAACUCUACUAUGAAUGAGCAGAAAAAAAGCAAAAUCAGAAUAGACCUAAUUUAUUCAAAAAUUGUAAAAUGUAACGAAAUUUUUAUUGUUGAGUCAGUAAUAAGGAAUGAAACAAAUAUUACAGAAGAAGUUAUUAUUUUUUUAUAUGAUAAAAAAAAAGGACGAAAAAAAAAAGCGAACCUUAAUAAAUUUUAUUUGGAUCAAACAAAUAGUAAUAACAAAAGUAAUAAUAAAGUUUUAGAUUUUAAAAAAAGGACAAAACAGGAAUAUUAUAAUAAUAAAAGCGUAUCUCAGAGUAGUUCAGAUUCUUCAUCGUUUUCAUCAAAUGAUUUAGAAAAUUUAAUUGAUCAAGAUUACUAUAUAUCAGAUGAUGAAAAUAAGAACUGUAAGAAGAAAUAUAUAGUUACUGGAGUUAGAAUAAUGAAAAAUAUUUUAUUGCCAUAUCAAACACUUCGAUUGAAAUGGUCUUUCAUUGCUUUUACCUAUGGUUUUGUAAACUUACCUAAUGUACUAAUUAAAAGAAAAACGAAAAUAAAAAACAAUAUAAACGUGUUUUCAUCAGAAAAUAUUGAAUUAUUUGUAAUAUAG